AUGGGGAAAACAUUUUGUUCCCACUUCCAGUAACCAUGGCCAGAGGGGCAGGAGUUCACCCCUUGCUCCUAGAGAGGAAGGCAGAAAAAUAAACAGCGGAGGGGGUAGGGAGGAUGACAGGAGUAUUUUAUUUAUAGGCAAAGCACUUUGUUGGUGCUUCAUAAGUAUUACAGGAGUUGGGUGGGUGAGGUUGCGGGGCCUGCAAUGUGCAGGAGGUCAGACUAGAUGAUCCUUUUGGCCUUAAAGUCUAUGAGUCUACACACACUGGGAAUUGACAGUCAGCUUAGGACAGUAUAGUGGCUGCGGUUUUUCCCUGACUUCAAGCUUUUCCAGGUAGCACAUCAGGAGAUGGACGGAGGGGGAGAGUUGUGCUAUGAUCGUUAAGAUCUUGACACGCCUCUAACUGUGCUCAGAGGAGGUGUGUUGGAUUCUUUAUGUGCCCACGGCCCUCAAUCAGAUCACAGCCCCUUUGUGGCAAACACACAGUAAAAGACAGACCAGGCCCCGAUGAACUCGGUCUGAGGUCCUGACCCUGGCCACGCAAUGCAGGGUUCUGGUCACACACAGCCGCUUGCAGGGUAAGGGCCCAACUUACCACAAGACACACCCAGAGAAAGUCAAAAGCAAUCGAGCAAGCGUAGCAAACAAUGUGAGGGAAUGAGGUGAUGGAACAACAGAUAAGGUGACCGAAGGGUGCAUAGCCGAUGAAUGUGCACUGUAGAUGGGUCUGAGUCUUCUUACAAGAUCAACUAAAUUAUGAGAUGCAAACAAAUGCACAAAAUACUUUGUGCGAUCCCCACUGUCCAUUAAUGAGCCAUUAGCAGUUGUCACCACCAGUGGCUUCGUGACACACAAUUAGGCCUUGAGGAGAAGGAGGCCUGGGGUGGCAGUUGUGAGGGCUAGUUGGGACAGGAACUCUCUGCACCUGGGAAGCAUGGGAGAAGUGGACAGACAGGCCGACAAGGUCGGCAUCGUCGGCAGAGUGGAGGCAGUAGGCUCAGACAAAAAGAAGCGCAGGCUGGACUCACACCUUGCUAAAUUCCGGCACCAGCCACAAGCCUUGGGGGAGCUGAAGGGAAUGAAACUGCUGGCUGCCUGCUUCAUGUACCUGCUGCUCACCUGUCUGGCCCUGCCCAAAGCCGAAUGCCGACUCCACGAGCGAUCCAUGGAAAUCAGGAACCCUGAUAUCGACCCUUCCUGGUACACAGGGCGUGGGAUCAGACCCGUGGGACGGUUUGGCCGGAGGAGAGCUGUCGUGGAGAGCUCCCGGAAGUCGGGCUAUGGACACAGGCAAGCUUGCUUCCCUCUAGAAGAAAGCAGUGAAUCCCUUCAAGAUGAAUGAAAUGGCCAAGACAAAGAAUGAAUUUGAAUGAUGAUAAGAAAAGACCCUUCUCCUCUCUCCCUUCCACAUCCCAGCCUCUCUUCUAGGCACAUGAAAAUGUUUGGUCUCAUUUCAAUGUACAGUAUCUUUGUGGCUAUAAAUGAUAGAAACCAAAGAGCAGUUGAUAACUCCAGUAUUUUUGCAGACAAUUUCCCUCUCGUCUGUUUUUUCUUUUUCUCUCCCCUGUUCCCCAUUUGUCCCCAUCUCUGGCUUUUGCUCUUAAAUCUAACAUGAUUUGUGCCAGAAAAUUGCUGGGGGAAAGAAAUACAAAUUCCCAUGUUAAUUAUCUUCCUAGAACAUGGGCUCUUUUAUACAAACCAAAAAAAUAAUUAAAAAAAUUGAGAAACCGAGUCCGGCACAUGUCUGCUGUGACUUGAAACGAAUCAGACUUAU